AUGACUGCAUCCAAGCAAAGCCCCCUCUCUCAUGCACCCAUCGCCCUCCCUUGUUCUCUCUCGCUCAUGCGGCCGCCACCACCACCGACUCCUUCUCCCGUGAUCUCACGCUCGCCGCCGUCGAAGCCUUUCUUUCCCUCCCUCUCGCACACUCACCGGCUGGUCGCUGGGAUGGUUUGGGGUUCCACUGCUGGGCAAAUAGAGUACGCGAAUGAGUCUGCCAUCCUCCUACGCCUCCUCGAGAUGGACAACACGGCUGCAAACUUUGCUCUAUCAAAGGAGGCAGUAUUUGAUGGAAGGAAGUCUGGUCCCAGGGGCACAUAUGGACAGAUGCAUCUUGACUGCAUGUCCAUCAAAAACUUCACAAAGAAGAGCCAUAAAUCCACCAACAAGUUGGCCUGA